AUGUCUCUGCUCACCAAUUAUGAGGGGCUGCGGCAUCAGAUCGAGAAGUUGGUGCGGGAAAAUGAGGAACUCAAGAAGUUAGCGCACCUCAUUCGUGAGAACCAUGAUCUCAAGUCGGCCAUCAAGACCCAGGCAGGCGGCCUGGCCAUCAGCAGCUUCAGCAGCUGGCUCGGAGAGGGGGCGUCCCACCAGGGUGUCUUCCUGCCAUCCUCUCCAGCAGCAGCCAAUCAGCCAGGCCCGGAAGACAUGGGGGUGGGGACCCUGACUGACAUGCUGAAUAACUCGCAGCCUGGUCCCCCAGUGGGCUCCAUUGUAAGCAACCUGCCUGGCCAGCUCAAUGCGCUCCUGUCAAGCUCUGGGCCUGUGUCACAGGACAAUCAGUAUGUCACUCUCCUGGCUGCUCCGGGAGCAGUGCCCCCCACCAGCACGAUCACCAGCUCCCUUGGCCUGCCUGCCACCGGCCCCCUGAGCGGCCACCUGACCAGCACCAUGGCAGUGCCCCCAGCGAGCACACUGACCACCUCCCUUGGGCUAACGUCCACUAGCCCCAUGACUCCUACCAGUCCCAUGGCUGUGCCCCCAAUGGGCACAGUGACCACUUCUUUGGGGCUGACGUCCACUGGCCCCCUUACUCCAAGUAGUCCCAUGAUGGUGCCCCCAGUAGGCACAAUACCCCUGACUCCAAAUAGCCCCCUGGCUGUACCUUCAACAAACCCUCUGACUGGACCCCCGAACCUGCUAGCCAGCCCCGCGGGCAACACCGUGCUGUCCGAAUCGACCAGGGUGCGGCUGUCCGAACCCUCCCGCAGGCCCUCCACUGGGCCCCAGCCCUCCGUGAGCUCAGGGUCCGCUACCCACACCAAAGCCGGCGAAGCCCGGGGGCCGCGCUCCGAAACGUCGCGGAAGAGCAUUCUGGAGCUGGAGCGGAAGCUGGCCCACCGCAGAGCCAGCAAGUUCUCCGACAGCCCGCGAGAGUGCAAGCAGCUGGCCUGGGAGCGGCUGGUGGGGGAGAUCGCCUUCCAGCUGGACCGCAGGAUACUGUCCAGCAUCUUUCCGGAGCGGGUGCGCCUCUAUGGCUUCACCGUCGCCAACAUCCCGGAGAAGAUCAUCCAGGCCUCCAUGAACCCUAAUGACCACAAACUGGAUGAAGACCUGUGCCAGACGCUCACCCAGCGUUAUGUGAGCAUCAUGAACCGGCUGCAGAGUCUGGGCUACAAUGGACACAUCCACCCAGCGCUGACAGAGCAGCUGGUGAACGCCUACGGCAUCCUGCGUGAGCGGCCCGAGCUGGCGGCCUCCGACGGGGGCUGCUACACCAUGGACUUCCUGCAGCGGGUGCUGGUGGAGACUGUGCACCCCAACAUGCUGUCUGACGCGCUGCUGUUGCUCUCCUGCCUCAGCCAGCUGGCACACGACGACGGCAAGCCCAUGUUCAUCUGGUGA